AAGGAGUGAUGUCCUCCCAGAAACACGGAUACAUAAUAAUCGACUGCAACACCACUUCCUUAGACCUUCAACCGAUCCUAUUCCUCCUCGAAUACUCCUCCGUGCUUUGUGUGACUCUCACUGGAAACGAGGACGUUUCCCUGACCAAAGCGUACAAUGAGACUCUGAGAAUUUUGUCCAUGAUAGGACGGUUUGACAUUCCCGUGGUACGAAGGACAUCUUCAGGAAUAGCGGCUCCUGCACACUGCCUGGCUCAUAUUUGCGAGAAGUUUCCUCACAAAGUAACAGUUGUCUGUCUUGGCCCGCUGACUAAUGUUGCAGUGGCUCUGCAGCUAAACAGGAAGUUUCAGAGGAAUGUCAAGAGGGUGGUUUGUGCUAGUGACGGUUUUAAUGGUCGGCAGAUUAUUUCUUCCUGGAAUUUCAAGACGGACAUUGAAGCUACUCGCCAAGUAUUCUCAUCAAGAAUACCUGUGGUCCUCCUUCCCAGGAAUGUACCGUGCUCUGUUUCUGUGACAUCCUAUCUCAACUCUAGGGAAGGGACAAAUGGGCUCUUUUCAACUAUAUUCGAUUGCAAUGAUGAUUUCUUGUUUAAGGCUUCUAUGAAGAAACAUCCCUCCGGAGUAAAUUUGCAGAAAGUUGCCACAGCGCUCGUGGCCAUGAAACCAAACUUAAUCCUCAGAAAAAGAAUGGUUAACUUUCGGGAUCAGAUAGAAAAGUUUUAUAAUAGCAGCUCUGAUACUUCAGAGAGCUGCCCAACAUUGUCCGACAACAGAUCGUCUCUAACAGUAUCACACCCAACCCUCUCAACUCAGACAGUAGACUCAUUUUCGUCAGAAAUAUUGCACGGUAUUAGCAGAACAGGUAAUAAUGUUCUCGUGAUUGAGAAAAUUGAUGUAAAUGGACUACUGAAGUUUUACAAGCACAUUUAUUUGAUUGGCUCAAAAAAUAGGACCAAGUUUAUUUCCUAGCUGUUAGAGACAUCCGAUACUGUCUUGCUUUAUUCAUAAUUUUAUGGACACAUUUUUACUGGUAUUUAUAAGUUUAAUGAAUUGUACAUAGUCAUAACUAUAAAUUUUCAAUUAUUAAACACUUGAGAGAUACAAUUAUUUAAUAUUUGGUCAAUUUUGUUUCUACAUUUCCGAUGUAUUUCGUUUUUUAAUAAUUUGAAUAAUUUGAAGUUGGUAAUAUUUUGAAUUUUCAACUUAUGGUUUUUCUCAUGAUAAUAUUAAUCAUAUUCUCACUGAUUCAUUUUGUCAGUUGGAAAGUAUUCAGAUUGUAAAUUUAAAUGUAAGAUUGUAAAUUUAAUUAUAGCUUUCAUCAUAGUACACUACACAAUUCGCUCAUUAUUUCUUAGAACCAUGUUGUACCUGGGUUUAUAUCAUCUAAUUUCAUUAUAUCGUUUAGAACAGUU